AUGUCAGAGGAAGUGUUGAGAGAAUUAGAAGCAGCAGCACAAGUUGUUCUGGCACCUCCAAAUCUAAUUUCCACAGAACAGCGUCACUCAGCAGAAGCUGUUUUUUUGAAUUUUCGUAAAACAAGUUCGCCUUAUCAAUUAUGUCGACAAAUUUUGGAAUCAAGUACUGUAGAUUAUGUACUGUUCGAAACAGCUGGCUUGAUAAAAACAGCUAUGAUACGAGAAUGGUCCUAUAUACCGUGGUCAGACAUCUAUUCGUUGAUAGAAUAUUUACAACAUUAUGUUAUAAGCAGACCUACUCUGGCACCUUACGUCAGAGCAAAAAUACUCCAAGUUAUUGCAAUUUUAAUCAAAAUAGUAAGCUCACACGACUUUGGCGAACAGAGAAAAAAGAUGCUAGAUAUGGUAGAAACUUUAAUUAGAAAAGGAGAUUUACCAAAGCGAAUUUUGGGAUGCAAUAUUUUAUCUGCAAUAUUACAAGAGUAUGCAACGAAUGCAAAAUCGUCUGAUAUAGGUCGAACGUGGGAAUGGCAUUUUAAAGAGAAGAUGGAAUUUGAAAGAACAGAUAUGCAGCGGAUCUUUAAAUUUUGUGUUGAGAUGUUUGUUGAAUUAACAGAGAAGCUUAUGGAAGAAGAAACAUUAUCCCUUGUGAAGCAUUUACUUGCUAUUGCAGAAAGUAUGCUCGUUUGGGGAUAUUUUCACGAAAAUUUGCCUAAAAGAUUAGUGAGCCUGUGUGUGGCCUCUGAAUCUGCAGAUAAUCCACCGCUGACAUUGUCUUCAGUAUGGCGGGACGUAAUAUUAGAUCCAAUAGUGCUAAAUGUAUUUUUUAUGGUAUAUUUGAAAAUACGCAAUAAUCUACAAAUAGCACAUCACGCCAUGAAUUGUCUAGUACAAUUAGCAAGCCUGCAUGGCACAGUCAUGUUUUCCGAGCACGACAAACUGAAAUACCUGACGAAUUACAUGGAGAGAUUUUUGACGUUAGUAAGAAGCAUUGAUAUUAAUAAUCAAGAGGCGAGUGGGAUCACCAAUAUCAUAAGAAAGAUCAAUUGUUAUUUUCGAAGUUCGUUCAAUUUCCUUCCGAAAGCUUUAUAUAUAUCAUACGUGCAAGAAGUGACGAGGCUGACGUGCCUAUUUAUAAACUCUACUGUACAAGAAGAAUCGAUAUACUCUGAUGAUCCUUUAUACAUGGAGGCUGUGGAACGUAUGUUGGGAACAUUGUUAACUAAUUUCUAUCCGACAGCAGAACUGUGCGAAGUGAGCUCUUCACAAAUAUUUCAAUCGUACAUCCAGUAUCGCUUAUCACCCAUGCGUGAGAAUGCAGAAUCUUACGACAAAAGGGAAGAUAAAAAAGAAAUAGCAGAAGUGGAAGAAGAUGAUAGAAUUAAAUUUGAUAAUCAACUACAAACGAUUGGUGUCUUUGGUAGACAAACCGCGACUUACUCUUUGUCUUUAUUAACGGAAUUACUCGAAAAGCGAAUACAAAAAUUAUGUGACAACUUAAACGUAUUGGUAGGGCAAAAGAAUUCCUUAUCUCGACCAGAUUCUAUGGAUGAUUUGUAUGAAGAAUUACAUUGGCUCAUUUUGAUAAUGGGACACGUGCUUUGUGUGGAAUCGGAGGGCGAACCCAUAUUAAUACCUUUAGAAAUUACGCGUUGCAGUAUGAACCAGUCGCGAGACGGGCAAGUUGACGUGAACCGUACAUUGGAGUUUCUAGUGUCUUCGCAAAACGUUCAACUGGAUUUAAACCGUCCUAUAUGUUCGAUCGAUCCAGUUAUUCGAUUAAUCGCGGAUGUUUUCCGCUUAUGUGCCAUUGAAAAAACUCUUAUAUCAUUGAAGUUGGAGAAUAUACUCAGUCCUGAGUUGAGCAGCACGAUAACUUGGUUCUUACGUAGAAUCUCGCAAAGCUACCUUUUGCCACGUGAAAGAUAUUAUGCCGAGAUAAGCACCACAAUUUUACAAAUAUUCGGUGACGAUACCCCUGGUGCGUCGUGGACAAUGGACUUCCUUCUGGACAAAGUAAUUUACAAUAUCAACGCUUUUAAAAGCGAACCCACAAUAGUUCAGGAAACCAUAAAAUUACUAAUAUCACUUGUCGAAUCGGAAACUAAAGCCUCUUACUUAUUGAAAUCGGAACAAUUCAAAUAUAUCAUCGAGUUAGCUAUGAAAGGACAGUAUAAUUGUCCGCAAGUUGUUAAAAGAGGUUUAAUGCAUGCAGUGGUCCAAAUUGGUGUCAUGCUGCAAGACAUGAGCACAAUUAACAAAAGUGAUACAAGCGAUACAAGUAUAUCUAACGUAAAACAGACAUUUUGGUCGCAAACUUUAGAGUCCUUGCAGCACAGAUGCACACAGCUAAUUUCCAGUGAUAACUUUAUGUCGUCUUAUCAUCAGGAAGAGAUUAAAGUUCAAAUCAUAGACAUAUUAGAAUCAUUUAUAGGCAUAACAGAAGGCGUGAAAGGUCCGGUGACGGAGCUAGUGUUCCAACAUACCUAUCCAAUAUUAGCCGCACUACCAAAAUUGUUAUCCUUGUAUCACAAUUAUCAAGAGAUAGUGCAACUAAUAUUAGAGUUAUUUUGCGAAUACACAAAGGCUAUCUUAUUUUACUUGUCGGAGGCUAAUAGUGAGCGCGUGUAUGAAGUGUGUUUGGAAACGAUACAAACGUAUGCUCGGUGCAAUAGUAAUCGGCUUACCGUAGAUUCUACUGCAGAAGAGGACAGUUACCACGAUAUCUUAUUGCUCAUGCAAUUAUUAACUAAUUUAUUAAGUAAAGAUAUAUUUAAUUUAAAUCCUGACGAGCAAAAUCAAUGCCAUCAAAGUCCAUUUAAAGCCAAAUCCACAAUUGGCACACCUGCCGACGUUUUCUUCUACGGCUUAAGCAUAAUUAUGCCUUUAAUGACGAUGGAUCUGUUAAAGUUUCCGUCGCUGUGCUUGCAAUAUUUUAAAAUGAUAUCAUUCGCAUGCGAUAUAUGCCCUGAGAAAGUAUGCAGCCUACCUACGAAACUGUUGCAGCAACUUUUAGCGUCAGUGGAACUGGGUUUAUACUCGUUCGGCUAUAAAGCAGCCGUUCUGUGCUGUGACGCGAUUCAAGUUUUAGCGAAACAUAUCUAUACCGAAACUGCGAAAGGACAGCAGUGCAGUGACAUGAUGUUGCCUUUCCUGAAUUCACUGAUAAACCUCAUUCUAUCGGGUCAAAUGGAUUUAGACCUGAUGUCGAGUGUAAGCAUGCCUUUGUAUUAUCUCAUGUGCUGCUAUAACGAACAAUACACGGAACUUGUAAAAAAUAUUAUACAUAGUCAAACGGAUAAUCAAGUAGCAACGAGAUUAACGGAUUCAUUCCUACUGUUAACCGCGAGCGUCGAAUUCAAUGCUGAACGUGUUCAGAGGAUGAAAUUUAAAGACAAUUUUGAUAAAUUUGUCACGCUUGUACGAGGAUUCUUAAUGAUUAAGUAAAACGGUGUUCAACAAUUGUAAAAAUAAAUAGAUGUAAAAAUAAGAUUAAAUAAAAAAUUUAUUUAAACACACGUAAUUAUUUUUAUGUUCGUGGCACUAACGAUCAAUCACCACCAUUUUCGUAUUUGUUCUCCCGCAUUGCCUGAAACGGUUGGAAUGGCGCGGCGUGAGCGCUUUCGAACUUACGGACAAUAUUGCGGAAAGGAUGUUUAAGCAUGUAAGCCUUUUAUUGACCGAUUUAUUACACGUUACCACUUACAGUGAGCCUAGCGAAAAUUCGAGUAAUUAUAAUAUAUAAUAUUUAUAAUAAAUAUAUACUAGUUACAGCAUCGAUGCACGUUUUCCGAUAGCAAACGAUCAAACGAAAACACUUUUUCUUAUGUAAUAGUCGCCUUACAGACAAGUACACGAAACUUACAUACUUGGUACAGAGAUCCGCAUCGUCGUUUCAGCAUUUUUCUCACUACUUUCCUUGCGAUGAUGAUUCCCAACGUUUCACAAAAUGCUUAAAUUAACAUUAAAUUUAUUUAUAUAUAUAUUUAUAUAUAAUUUAUUUUUUGUAUAUUAUUAUGUAUAUAUAAGCGGACAUACUCUUUCGCACGUUUUCGCAUAUUUUCCCGUUCACACGUCUGCAUGUUCUCCUCUCAUCAUUCGUGUCCUGUCGCUUCCUCCCUUUCUUUCUUUCUCUCUCUUUGUCAAUAUCUCUUCCUUUCUCUCAAUCUUCCAUGCACACUCUCAUUCUCGCCAGAUCGUUCUCUUUUCUCUCCUAUAUUUCAUCUACUAAUAAUAACAAUGAUUAGUAAUCUCUUGAACGACUUAAAUGUGACUUAAAUCUCCAUCACAAUAUAAUACGCAUUUCUCGUCCUCCUUCUCUUAUUUCCUCUUUCUUUUCCUCCUGUAUACCGCCUGCUUUCCGGCAUGAUCGAUAGAGAG